CCCUCCCCCUACCGCUCGCUUCCCCCAUUCGCAGCCCCUCCCCCCGAGUCCUGCUGCGAGGUGCGCAUGUGGAGAAAAGAUGGCUCCGAGCUCAGACGGGAACGCAGGGGUCGUCCGGUGGCAGGGGGAGGGGGGAAGGGGGAGAGGGGGAGAGGGAGAGGGGCAGAGGGGGAGCGGGAGAGGAGGGGGUUGGGACUGCGGACUGGCGACUGGCGACUGGCGAGGAGGCCCCGCGGGAGGAGGGGGGAGGCGACCGACCCCACAGACGGGGGUUAGUGCGGUCAUGCCCUAAUACGGAAACGGGAGCGACGGGGUUCGCGCGUCGUCCACAUCUGUCCGUCGUGUACAGGCGCGAGGGCGGGUCUUCUCAUCCCGAGGCACGCAAUCUAUGUGGAGCCAUAUGCAGCCCGAGCCUGCGAACUUUGUUUGGUGCCGUCCCGUACAUGCUAUCCCGCAGAAGGAUGUUUCGAGGUGUGCCUUCGACGAAGUCUUCGUGCUCGCCGAUAGUGUUUCGGAUCGCCAGCCUCUCGCGCUCGGGGACCCGGAGGCCCUGCCGCAUCCCAUCUGUUGUUGCCCAGCUGCGAUCAAGCGUUCCGCUGGCAGAAGAAGCGGAGGCGAGCAAUUAAAGUAUAUUGGUUUCAUCUCCAACUUUAAUGGCGAAUGGCUCUGUUGGGCAUCGUAGUAGGGCAGGCUGAAGGUUGAUGAGGGUAGGAAGGAAGCGGCUUUGUUUUACUUCAGAUUCGAUCCCGUGGGAAAAUGUGUUCAAGCUUCUUCAUAUUGCGAUUUUUUACCUUAGACGCGGAUGGACGGUGGUCGCAAGCUUAGCGUCGGGGAUUGUGCAUUAUUUCAGGCAGGAAAUGGCCCACCUUUUAUCGGCAUUCUGCGCAAGGUGACUCAGGAGAAGGAUACCACGAAGCUCGUAGUGAAUUGGCUGUAUCGACCGGCGGAUGUCAAGCUAGCCAAGGGGGUACCUCUCGAGGCCGCCCCCAACGAAAUCUUCUACUCUUUUCACAAGGAUGAGAUAUCAGCCGCCUCGCUCUUACAUCCCUGCAAAGUCGCCUUCUUGCGCAAGGGUGCCGAGCUGCCUCCAGGUGUUUCAUCGUUCGUUUGUCGACGGGUGUACGACACGGCGAACAAGUGCCUUUGGUGGCUGACUGAUCGGGACUACACUAAUGAACAUCAAGACGAGGUAGACCAGUUGUUGGAGAGGACAAAGCUGGAAAUGCAGGCAGUAGUGCAAUCAGGAGGGCCUUCACCUAGAUCAUUGACAGGACCCACCUCGUCGCAGCAGCAGCAGCUCAAGGCUAGUUCAGAAGUAGCCCAGAAUGUUACCUUCGCUGUGUCGAACAAAGGCAAGAAGAAGCGGGAGCGAGCGGAUCAGACCUUGGAGCCGAGCAAGCGUGAGCGAUCACUGAAGGCCGAGGAUGGUGAGAGCAGCCCUCUGAAGCGCGAGCGCAGCAUGAAGCCGGAAGAGGUGGCAUCCAUUACCGAUAAGGAUGGAGGGCUGCAGAAUCCCUCGAGCGUAGAGCGAUUAGUUCAGUUGAUGCAACAAGACCAUAAUGACGGGAUUAGGAAGGCUGCCGAUGUCGCCGCGAGGCGCGCCAUGUUUGCUGGGGUUGUGGCCGCCACCGAGCGCGACGACUGCCUGAGCCGAUUCGUGCAGCUGGGGGGCCUGCCGAUUCUGGACGACUGGCUGCAAGAAGCGCACAAGGGCAAAGUGGGGGACGGAGGAAGUCCCAAGGAGGGAGACAAAGGCGUCGAGGAGCUGCUGCUGACGCUGCUGCGCGCGCUCGACAAGCUGCCCGUGGACCUGGACGGGCUCAAGACGUGCAGCGUGGGCAAGUCGGUCAAUCACCUGCGCAGCCACAAGAAUCCGGAAAUUCAGAAGAAGGCCCGCAAGCUGGUGGAAAUCUGGAAGAAGCGCGUGGACGCGGAGAUGAAGCUCUCGGGCGAGGGCAAAUCGGCGUCCAAUCACGCGCUCUGGAAUUCCUACAAGCAGUCGUCGCCCGACGUGGUGCACUCGCAUCUCAUGAAGGGCGGCCCGACCGAGGUCGCCGUCAAGAGCUCGGGCGCCUCGGCCGGCAGCGCCAAGGCCAUGCCCAACGGCGUUGGCGCCAGCGGGUUCGCCGACGGCAUGGCCAAGCCCAGCGCCUCGCCCUUUGCGCCCUCCUCCAAGCCCAGCAGCGCCUCGCCGGCCGUCGUGAAGAAGGAGGACGCCGGCGCCAAGCUCUCCACCGGGAGCGCGCCCGCCGACGCGCCGGCGGGCGGGCUCGCCGUCAAGGACGAGAAGAGCACGAGCUCGCAGUCGCAGUCGCAGAGCAACGGCCAGAUGUGGGCCGGCGUCGCGCCUGGAGGCAAGGGCGGCGCGAGCUCGGCUUGGAAGGAGGACUCGAAAUCCUCGUCGCUGUUGGGGGCCGUGAGCUCCAAGCCCGCGGGCUCGGUCGCGCGCCACCCGAGCCUGCCGGGCAAGGGGCUGCUGGGCGUGGCCUCGGGCGCGCAGAAGGAUCACCUCGGGGGUAAGCCCCUGAUUUGGAGCCGCAGCGCGACGGACAAAAGCGCGACCUCCACCGUCGCGGCCCCGGAGAAGGGCCGCGACGGUGGCAGCGAUGGAGGAGCCCGCGACAGCCCCGGUGGCUCGCAGCACCGGCUCAUCGUCCGAAUACCCAACCCAGGCCGCAGCCCCGCUCGCAUGAACAGCGGCUCGUUCGAUCUUAGCACUCCUGUCAGCCGGGGCUUAUCGCCGAGCGUGCCGGAGCGAAGCGCCCCGCCCAACGGGGACUGCUCCGACGCCAAAAGCCGGCUGCAAAACGGCAACCAGUCCGCCGGUGCGACCGCGGACGGCUGCGCCGAGGGGCUGCGCAUGGGUUCCGUCGCGGACGACGACCGCGACAAUUACCCCGGCUCUGCCCCAAGCGAGCCCCCGGGCGAAAGCGAGAAGCGGGGCGACGAGGCGGACAGAUCGUCCAAGGAAGCCCCGGAUGCCAACGGGGGCAGCGGCGGAUUUGCGCCCCGCGGUGGCGCCAUGGAGGCCGAGGACGUGAAGAAGGGCGAGGCGGCAUCGAGCCAAGCGCCAGGAGCCCCGACCGCCGAUGCCUCCGCGUCCGGGGCCACGGCCAUGGAGGUCGACGAUCAGGGCAUUAGUUUGUUGGCCAGCGUAGCUGCUAGCGAAAUCAAUCGAGGCGUGCCAAGCUCCUCGUCCUCCCUCGAGAGGAGUCAAGCCGACGAUUGCAAUGGCGAGCAAGAUCACGGCGCGAGGCUGUCGUCCGACGGUGGCGCGUCGCUGCUGAAGGAAGCUGGCGACAAGCAGCAGCAGCAGCAGCAGCAGCAGCAUCAGCAUCAGCAUCAGCAGCAGCUCACGGGGAAUGAAGACGGGGACGGGAAAGAUUCCUCGGAAGUGGCGGGUGCUCCCGUCUCGUCCACCGUCAAUCCUUCGAAGAACAGGGACGACUCGGGGGUGGAGCAUAAUGCCGAUUCCAAUGGAGGCAAAGCUGGCGACGCGGCCUCCAACGAGGAAGCUCUUCAGGAGAGCACGUCCGGUAGCGCUGAGGGCGAUACGGAGGACGUUGAGAAGAGGCAUUUUUCCGUUCAGGAACCGGGGCGAGUUUUGGAUGCAUCAGGGAAUACGAAAACUUCACUCGAUCGGAAAGGUGAGGAAAGGCACAUGGACGAGAGUGGCUCGAAGGCGGCUCUCGCUCCUUGCGAACCGCUUCCUUACAGCAGCGAUGGCAACCCAUCCGCCUUGAGUGGAGCAGACGGUUUAGGAUGUAAUCAAGACGGUCAUGGUGUUGUCAGUUCUGGCAAGAAGGACUCUCACGACGAGAAGAAGUCCUCUGCUCUUGGUAAGAGCAGCUUGUCCGGAAUCGAACUUAACGUGGCCUAUGGUAGCGGCGGACACGAUUUCAAAGACAGCAGUGAGAAGGAUGAAGAGAUGAAGAGCUCUGUCGAAAGUGGAGGGCAGUCUUUUGGAAGGAGGGGAAAUGAUAACGAUGGGCACAAAGUCUCCGACAUGUGCACGAGCUUUCCGGAGGAGGAGGUGCUCGAAGUAGCUCGUCAAGCGGCAAAGGAAGUAGAGCAGAUGGAGAGAUGGAAGGACAGUAAGUCUGGGGUUAUGUCAGGAGGAGACAAGGAAGGCCAGGAUGUUAACUCUCCUGGAUUCAAGUCGUCGGAUCCUCGAGAUAGUGGUUUUUCUGAUACAGGUCGGGAACACAGGUGGAAGCCUCACAGCAGCAUCGAGAAAGUAAAGGACGAUGAUUCUCGCAAGAGAAGCGGCCCGUAUUUAGAAGAUAACCACGAUUCGGUUGCCGAGAGAAUGGACGAAGGCAGUGUGCGUUCUACGGCGAUCGGAGAAGCCGACGAUGAUCAAGCGAGAUGUGGUGGCGGUAGUGGAGACAGGAAGCUGGCGAAUUCUGGACAAGAUGGUGGCGGAGAGAGUGCACUUGAGGGAGGACAGGAGCACAAAAGGAGAGCUAUCGAUGGGCGUGCUCCUAUACGAGUUCCGUCCUUCCACUCUUCUCAGAUGUUGUCUAUCCCGAAUUUGCCGACAUUGACCUCGACCACUGUUAAUGUUCAAAACGUCGUGAAACCUUCUCCUCGUAGUUUGCCUGCAGGCGAACCCACGACUCCAGAGCAAGCAACAGAAACGACUGGACCGAACGACGGUGCAGUAGGUGGGAGCGAUGUCUCAGAACGACCGGAUUUUGACUUGAAUGAAGGAUUUUCGGUGGAGGAAAGUCCUCAGGAUGAUUCUACCACGUCGCCCAUAGCGCCUGUGGCAGUAGUGGCCGCACUCUCCUCGAGUGCAACCUUACAGGCCAACGGCGCAGCGGCUCCAAUUGCCAUCGUGACCGCCACCAAGGGUCCGUUUGUGCUGCCUGCUAGCCCCAUGCGCACCAAAUCCGAGCUCGGGUGGAAAGGUUCUGCAGCAACCAGUGCCUUCCGGCCUGCGGAGCCAAGGAGGACGCCAGAGCGACAGCCGGAAAUCAUUGUCCCCGAACCCGUGCAGCAGAUGGAAGUAGUUAAAAAAGUCCGUCCUCCUCUGAACAUCGAUUUGAACAUCGCUGAUGACAGAGGUUUCGAGGAAGUUGGGAUGUCAGCCCCAACCACGACGACGACCAUGUCAUCGCAAGGCUCUGCUGUGGGUAUGAGCUCGCAGGCCGCGCCCGUACCUUCGAUGUCCAUCUCCGGUAUUACAUAUCACAGCGAACAGUCCACUUCUGGUCCUCAAGCUCAGAUGGGUGGAAACUUCGGGGCACGGCCCAUUUUGGACUUGAAUUUGAUAGACGAGAGUGAGGAGAGUGGUACUCUGUUGGAGACGGAUCCGAUGCUGCCUGAAGCCAUGGGUUCCUCGACGAGGAGUAAUAACAGCUCGUCCUCGCAGGUUAAUUGUCGCGUGAUGCGCGACUUCGAUCUGAAUGAUGGCCCUUCAGUUGAGGAACCAGUGGUAGACGAGCAACCAGUGAUGUCUUCCUUGAGAGGUGGUCCUCGCCUGACCACUGCACCGUUCAUAGCAGUGCCAGCGCCGGGGCCUGGUCUGAGAAGAGGUGCUGAAGUCGUGAAUGUUGCUGCGCCUUGGUUUGCAAACACAGCGUAUCCUGCAGUGGCAAUCCCUGCGUUUUCCAACAGGGAUCCAACCUACUCCGUCGCUGCCGCUGCUGCUGCCCAGUCUUACCUGAGUGCAGGCCAAGGCCCCGCCCCGUUCAGCAGCGAUAUGUACAGAGGAACGGCAGGUCUUCCAUCGGCGUCUGGUGUAGCUUUUCCUUCGAGCACGCAAUCGUACCCGUAUGGAACAUUCCCUCUUCCUUCAGGUUUCGGAUUCACCUCAGCGGCAAGCUUUGCAGCCAACAAUGCCGCCCCGUACAUGGAGCCUCCAGGAUCGUCGUCAUUUCCAGUCGCAUCAUCCGGAGUCGUUCCAUCAUCGUUUGCCCGACCUCCGUUUUUAAUUCCCAACAUUGCCGAUAUGGGUCCUUCCGACAGCAGUGGGGGGAGCGGAGGCUGGGGAGCUCGACCGAGCCUCGACUUGAACGCAGGCCCGGAAGCUGCAGAUGCGGAUGGAGGUCGAGACGACGGGAUGAACAUGAGACAUAGACACGAAACAUCGAUGUUGUCGGGCCAGGUGUCGUUGGAACAGCUACGUUCCUACAGAGUGUCCCCUACCGCAGGGUCCGUGGGCGCCCAGCUACCGAAACGGAAGGAACCUGAUGGCGGAUGGGAUCUGUAUAGAAGCAGUGGGUUUAAGCAACAAGCUUGGCGGUAGAUCAAGUCAGCAGUUGCAUCUUUUUGAGCUGCAUGUACAGGCUCCUUCAAUGAAGCAUCAAUCCAAUAUUUGUCUUAAGGUAAAACCCCUCUUUAUGAAUGGAGAAUGUCUGACUGGCAUGCCCUGAAGAGAAGCGUUUGGAUCUUGCAUCAACUGAGUAUGCGGAUAUGGGAUCCAAACGGACUCUGGAAGUUUCCGCCUCUGGGCGUGUAUGGAGAGAGAGAAUCGUGACUGGAGACGGAUAUUGUUGAAGAUUUCGCACAUCCCGUCCGAAUAUUGGCGACAAGCUUGCCUGGUGAAUGGGGGUUUGCUUGGUGUUGCAUGAUGAAAAGGCACGCACUCGACACUCUUAGGAAUGUAGUUCGAUGGGACUUAUAAAAUUGAGUCACUUUCACCAAAGAGUGGGUGACCAUGACUCCAUCUGUUAAUAUCUGGUAGUCAUGGCUUUGCUUAGAGUUUCCUCUUUGUACUGUAUUGUUAAAGUAGUUCCUUAAGGAAGCACUAAGCAGCUCUCAUCUCAUUAAUUGCUGCCUCAUCCUUGCAUUGAAGCAACGGCCGUGUACUUUUUUUCUCCUUCAGGUGAAGAGAUCCAUUUCUUGCCGCCCACACACACACACACUCACGCACUCACCCAAAGACAC